UAUAUACCCCCUGUUGGCGUCACGCUUUCCCUCUGCAAAUUAGGGUUUUGGUAUUCCGCAGACCAGAGGCAGGAGCUUCAAACCAAACUCUAAAAUGGUGAAAGGUCGUCAAGGAGAGCGCGUGAGACUUUAUGUUCGAGGAACCAUCCUCGGGUACAAAAGGUCGAAAUCGAACCAGUACCCAAGCACGUCGCUGGUACAGAUCGAGGGUGUGAACACCAAGGAGGAGGUUGCGUGGUACGCUGGGAAGCGAAUGGCCUACAUAUACAAGGCCAAGGUGAAGAAGAAUGGCACCCAUUAUCGCUGUAUUUGGGGCAAAGUAUCUCGACCUCACGGUAACAGUGGCGUUGUUCGUGCAAAGUUCAAGUCUAAUCUUCCACCAAAAUCCAUGGGAACUAGGGUUAGGGUUUUCAUGUAUCCCAGCAACAUAUAAGGUUGUGUGGUUUUUAGAGAUGCAAGACUUGGGAUUUACUAUGGAUCUUUGAGUUUGCUAUUGCUGUAUAUUAACAGCUAAGUUUUAAUAUUUUGAACUUAUUAUUUGUACUAGCCCACAGUUUUUCCUUUGCCCAUUUAGUUAUAAUGGAUUGUAGAAGUAAUGACUGAAUGGCUACAAUUUGUUAUGACUUAAGAACUUUGUUGUUUGAAGAUGUGUUUUCUUUUACUAUCAAUUUUGAUACACCUUGGAGUAUAUAUUGUGUCAGGCACAGUGGAAACACCACCUGCCUGUUG